AUGGCGCCCAAAGCCGCGUCCAAAGCCGCGAAAACCUCUAAUGUGAAAGCUGCUGAAGCACACGGUUACGAAUUCGGAGGACCACUCGGCGCAUUUGGCAUCUCUUUUGGACUUCCAAUCCUCUGUUACCUUACGACCUUCGUCUGCAACGACAUCUCUGGUUGCCCAGUCCCAUCCGCCCUCUCCCCCUCGACCUUGACAAUUGAAAAGCUGAAGCAAGAAAUUGGCUGGCCUGCAAAUGGAAUAUGGGGUCUGGCAAGCUGGGAUGUGUCUGCGAAAGUCUUGGGAUACUACCUACUCUCGUUGAUACUUCAUAGAGUGCUGCCAGGAGAGGAGGUGAUGGGUACCGAGCUUUCAUCUGGAGGGAAACUGAAGUAUAAGUUCAACACCUGGUCCUCUACGAUAUUUACUCUCGCAAUCUGCGCAGCUGGAACCAUCGCUCAAGGCGCAAACUUCCCAGUCUGGACUUUCAUAUACGAAAACUACCUACAAAUCCUAACAACAAAUAUUAUCAUAUCAUAUCUCCUCGCAACCUUCGUCUACGUCCGCAGCUUUAGUGUGAAGCCGGGCAAUGCUGAGAAGCGCGAGCUCGCAGCUGGUGGUCACUCAGGAAACAUGCUCUACGACUGGUUCAUUGGUCGCGAGCUGAACCCCCGCAUCACCAUCCCUCUUCUGGGCGAAAUUGAUAUAAAGGCAUUCUGCGAGCUACGACCCGGUUUAAUGGGCUGGAUUCUCUUCGAUUUUGCCUUUGUCGCACACCAGUAUCGGAGCUAUGGCUAUGUGACAGAUAGCAUCGCCCUCAUCACCGGUUUCCAAGCCCUUUACGUAUUGGAUUCUUAUUGGAUGGAACCUGCGAUCCUCACCACGAUGGAUAUCACGACUGAUGGGUUUGGGUUCAUGCUCGCAUUUGGAGAUCUAGUCUGGGUGCCGUUCAUCUAUUCUCUCCAAGCGCGUUACUUAUCCGUCUACCCCCUCUCUCUCGGACUCUACGGCACAGCUGGAGUCCUAGCGGUCGUGGGUGUAGGGUAUUACAUCUUCCGCGGCGCCAACAACGAGAAGAACCGAUUCAGAACCGACCCUACCGAUCCCCGAGUGUCCCAUUUGAAGUACAUGGAAACGAAAUCAGGAUCGAAGCUGCUGAUUUCCGGCUGGUGGGGAACCGCAAGACACAUCAACUAUUUCGGUGACUGGAUCAUGGCAUGGGCGUACUGCCUCCCUACCGGCAUUGCAGGCUAUCUCGUCCAACACAACAACAACAACAACAACUCCUCCACAGCUCCAACAAGCCACCCGUCUUCUUCUUCUUCUUCUGCUGAGCCAUCAUUUGCCUACGGCGGACCCGAUUCUCAUACCCAGAUCGUGCAGGGCGAUGCAAGAGGAUGGGGCAUGAUCAUCACGUACUUCUACAUCGUAUAUUUCGGCGUUCUGCUUAUUCAUCGCGAGAUGAGGGACGAGGAGAAGUGUAUUCGGAAAUAUGGCGAUGACUGGAAGAGAUAUCGGGAGAUCGUGAAGUAUAGGAUUAUCCCGGGUAUCUACUAG